CUCUGCUGUGUCUCGUCUCAAGCUUACCAGCAGCGCCAUUUCCAUACCCGAGAAAACCAAAAAUGCAAGAAAAGAAGGCAGAGACGGGAACCAAAAGCGCGAAGAAGGCGAAUCUCUUAGAUCACCACUCCAUCAAACACAUCCUCGACGAAUCCGUCUCUGAGAUUGUUACGAGUCGUGGAUAUGUUGAAGAUGCGAGGAUGAGCAAUGUCAGAUUACUGCUUGGAACGAUUAUAAUUGUAAUCGCUCUCUUCGCUCAAUUUUACAAAAAGAAGUUCCCUGAGAACCGUGAUUUCCUCAUCGGCUGCAUCGUAUUGUAUAUAGUUUUCAAUGGAUUACUCCAGCUGAUCAUCUACACAAAGGAAAAGAAUGCAAUUCUAUUCACAUAUCCUCCUACUGGAUCUGUCACCAGCACCGGUUUGGUGGUCUCCUCAAAGUUGCCAAGAUUUUCUGAUCUCUAUACACUUAGUAUAGCAAGUGCAGAUCCCAAGUCAAUAUCUGCAGGGAAACCAGUAGAGUUUACCAAAAGUGUUACCCAGUGGUUUACCAAGGAUGGUGUAUUGGUGGAGGGCCUAUUCUGGAAAGAUGUUGAAGCACUUAUAAAUGAUUAUGCAGCGGAACCAAAGAAAAAGAAGUGAUCUAGACAGUAAGGCUUGCUUUGAUAGGUUACUGGCUAGACAGUAAAUUCUGGUCAUGUUGUGACUUUGAUAUAGAUAUUCUCUAGAAUUAUUGGUCUCGUGUUGAAAUUUUUGAACUAAAACAAUCAACUUUGCCUGAAAAUCAGAAGACAAUGUACAUCGUAAGUCAAAAGCGAUUUCUGCUAAAUGAAAAGAUUUGGCAUCUUUAGCUUUUCAUUGUUA